AUGCUCGCUCUUGCAGCCGCAAGCAAGGACUUCGGAUGGACUCAGAAGGAGCUGCGGAAUAAAAUUGCCAUUUGGCGCGGCUACGACAUUAUUCGAGAAGCCGGAGGCUGGGUUUCUCUGAUCUUUGCCGGCAUGGGCCUCUAUCGUUUUUGCAAGUACCGUCUAGGAUUCUGCCCUAAAAACAUGAUAAUCCUGAAGAGACUCCGUUUGCGAUUCGAAGUCGCUGCCGAUACUAUUCACCCGGAAUGGCGUCGAAUGCUAUCCGUUGUCGGAGAACAGACAACUUGCACAUAUUUUGGACAUCCCUGCGACUGGGUCGUUGGAAGAGACGAUCCGCCUAUCCCACUGGCCGAUACCUAUAUACAGUGGACACCGGACUUCAAUUUCGAGCACCUGGAGGAUAGCAUCAUAGAUGAGCAGGUCUGGGGCUCAAUCGAUCCACGGACGGAAACUCAAAAAUUCCAACAUACGUUACCGAAACAGUUUUCUUGCGCGAAAUGCAGUUCGAUACAGUCUAAUGACCCCAGGACGAAUGAAUGCGACUGUUUUCCCACUCUUUUUGGAAGCGGUUCACGCCAACCAUGUCCAGUUCAAAUUUUUCGCACAGACAAUGGAAGGAACAAUGGUCUACUUGCUUGCUGUCCAUUCGACCGCGGAACGGCGAUCGGCGAAUUUGUCGGUGUUAUUACAAAAGGCCUACGAGAUCUCGACGUUGUGCAAAUGUCUGGGCCAGCUGGUGUAUACCAGAUCUGGCAAGGCCGUCAAGGGAACUACACCCGCUUUGUGAACCACUCCUGCCAGCCGAACUCGCAAUACGAACGGUUCGUAUGGCUUGGUGUGCAGCGGGUCGUGCUGGUGUCCAAAGGCAUCUCCGCCGGAGAGGAGAUUACGGUCGACUACUCCGAUGAUUAUUGGAGUUGCUUGGAUAAGGAAUGUUUAUGUGGCGAGAAUUGCUGCCGAUUCAAAAAGAAAAGAGGGAGUUGA